AUUCUUUCAUAAAGUGACAAUCAUUAUGAGCAUGAUCCUUGGCGGCGGUGAUAACAAUAACUUGAAUGUGAUUAUUUUUGAUGCCUCGAAAAACGAAAGAAAAUUGAAUGAGGAAUUCAAAGUGUUGCAAAGAAAAUUAAAAUCGAAAUGGAAAUUCAUCGAAAAUAACGAUGUCUUAACGGAGGAGUUAUUAUCAACAGGCAAAAUAUUAGUAUUACCAGGGCCGCGAAGUAAAUUUACCGAAUUAGAAAUGAAUUCUAUAAGAACAUUUUUAAAUUCCGGCGGACACGUAUUAGUUAUGCUCGGUGAAGGCGGUGAAAAAAUAUCAAACACGAAUGUAAACUUUUUAUUGGAGGAAUUUGGUAUAAUGGUGAACAAUGAUAGUGUAAUACGUAUGAGUUACAGUCAAACUAUGCAUCCAAAAGAAUGUUUUAUUUCACAAGGAAUGUCAAAUAAGUCAAUAUUUUCAAAAAAUCAUAAUGAAUACAUGGAUAUGAAUUUUUUAUACCCAUAUGGUGCAACUUUAAAUGUAGCACAACCUUCUGUAGUUGCGCUAUCCAGUGGAUCUAUUGCCAUUCCAACAAACAGACCUAUUUGUGCAUACCAUUACAGUGACAAAAAUGGUGGCAAAUUACUUGUCUUAGGUUCAUCAAGGAUGUUGACUGAUUCAUAUAUUGAAAAAGAAAAAAAUGAUUCAUUAAGAGAAAUGAUAUUUGACUUUUUUGAAUCCAAAGAAAUUGUGAUCAAAGAAUCACAAAUGGAUGAUGUGGAUUAUUGGGAAUACAACUUUAUCCCAGACAUAACACAACAAGCAGAUAAUCCAAAAGUGUGCACUCAGGAUAUGGAUAUAAUGGAUAACCCUCAUGAAUAUACCAAACUGUUUAAACAUCAUUUCUAUUCAAUAAAUUUAGAUAUGGUACCAGCUUGUAUAAAAGCUUAUGAAGUUUUAGGGGUGAAACAUGAACCGCUUACUUUAAUUCCUCCACAUUUUGAAUCUCCUUUACCACCUACACAAGCUUCAGUCUUUCCUCCAAGUUUUCAAGAAUUACCACCACCAGCCUUAGAAUUAUUUGAUUUGGAUGAAGCUUUUAGUUCUGAUCUAUUGAAAUUAUCACAAUUAACAAAUAAGUACAUGGCAACCAAAGAUUUGUCAGAUCAUAUGGAAUUGGAUCAUUAUAUCAGGGAAUUUGGAAGCAUUAUAAGAAUUAGUAAUUCUGAUACUCAUACAGCAAAAGAAGUGUUAAAUGCAGUCUUUCAAAGUAUUUGCAGCUAUAAAGCUAUGCAUGAGUGAACAAAACCAUUAGAUUAUAAGUACUGUCUGAUUUUUUUCAAUAUUUAUUAUUACAUUAUGUAAUAUAAGUGUACAGAUAAGUGUAAAUAUAAAAAAUUAUUAUAUUA